UUAUCAAUUUAUCUGUGGUUGUGCUGUGUCAGACGCAACGCACGACGUGUAUUUCUAGAGAAGUUGGCCGUCAUUUUGUUAUAUUUGUGUAUUUUAUCUGCGAUUUUAUGUGAUUAAUCAUUAAAAUGGCGAAAUUAGUUGAUAUAUACAACAGCGAAAAAGAACCUGUGAUAAAGAGACGGCAAUUGCCGUUAACUAUCUACGAAAAUCUAACAAUGAUCAUGGAUUUAAACACAAUGGGUCUAAUUUGUGACAACCCACAAGUAAAAGGUCGCGAGUACGAAGAAUUCAUGCGCAAAUAUAGAAUCCUAACGACGGACGAACUGAAAGCAGCGCUCAGAGUCGAUGCUUCUGAUAUAUUUAAUGUACUAAAUCAAAGCAUUCCUUGUGUAGGCUGUAGAAGAAGUGUGGAACGCCUUUUUUAUCAGCUAUGUAAAUCAGGACAUCCCACAUUGGAUCCAUUGGUGCUGACACCAGAUGAGAUUAUGACUAUUAGAGAAGACAAAAUAAUACAUCCACAGUCCCUAGCCACAUUAUUAAACGGUCACAGUUCGGGCAUCGAGUGUCUAAUUCUCAGUCAGCCACGAUGGAAGAAGUCCCAGCGAUGUACGCUACAUUCGCUGGAGGCGGGCACAGCCCGCGGCUGGGGCGGGCAGGGCGCGGGCGCGGGCGGGGCGGGCGGCGCGGCGGGGGCGGCGCCGUGCGGCUGGGGCUGGGCGGCGUGGGGCUGGGGCGGCCGCGCGGCCUGGCGCGCCGCCUGGGACGCCAUGCGAGCCUCCGCCCGCGACCACGUCACGCUCGUACACUUCAACACGCUACACGAUACGCUCCAUAACUAUUUAAGAAAACACCGCUUCUGUGCUGAUUGUAAAACUAAGGUACUGAGGGCUUAUCAACUGUUAGUGGAAGAAAAAGAACCACAGAAGGAGAAGGGGUACGUUGGCGCACUGUACGGUGGAAUCAAACGUUGCCUGCUCGACAAACACCUGCACCUGCAAGCUAAGACUGACUACAUCGCGCACCUCAUCGCUAGGGCGGAACCGGAACUGCUCGGCAACCAUAGAGAGAGACAUGCUAAGACACUGGAGAUUGCACAAGAAGAGGUACUUAUCUGUCUCGGUAUAUGUAUUUACGAGCGACUGCAACGCAUCUCCCUGAGGUUACGCGAAGAAGAAGGCACGUGUCAAACGCUCGCAGCCGUCGCAGUGGAAGCACUUUACCGCAAGUUUGAAACUGCUGUCGAACAUAAAACCGGUGUGUCAAAACUGCAACUACUGUACGAUGAAAUCACUCAAGAGGAACAGACCAGGCAACAGAGGAAGGAACAGAAGAAACUCAAACGACGCAAGAAGAAGGAACGACAAGCCGUUGAGAGCAAGUGCAAAGAGGCUGAUUCAGAGGAACCAGAUGAAAAGUGCCAAUGUGAGGAAUGCCUGUUAGAAGAACGAGACACGCCGACUGAUCUGCUUUCACCUCGCGAUUAUAUCAAUAACCAGUGUUACGAAGCCAGUGGAGACGGGUGCCAGUCGUGUCAGGACGAUACUACGAACAAACGUCGCUCACCCAAAAAAACAGGCAAGAAACGAACUAAAAACGGUAACCUGUCGCCCAACGAGCAUUCCCAAGACUGUGGCUAUUCAUCCGGGAACAAUGGAGGUUGCUGUGAGACUAUGUCGGGCUCUUCAUCUCUCAUGAGUUCCCCUGAAGGCUCAGAGGUGGCGUGUUCCGAAGGAUUCUGUAAUCACGAGAGGGGCGACUGUUUAGAUAAGAACGAUAAGACUUUGUGCUCAGGUUUUACACUUUCUCUACAAGAAAUGUUAAUGGAUACGUGUUCAUCAGACGAAGAACAGGAUACCAGUUAUAUUCCUAUAGAGGAAGUAAUGGAAUUUAAAUCACGUAGGAACAUAACAGAAAAAAGACAGGAGUUGCGACAGAACCUUCGGCAGAAAUUCGCUCAGCUUUGUGUGAACACGCCGCAGGCGCCGCCGCUACUGCAGAAAGACAAGCAGCCCGCCUAACGGCAUCUGCCUGCCGCCUCAUUCAACUGCACUUUGUAAACCAGUCAUUGUACUAGAAAAUGACAAUAUACUAUAACCUGCUUCCAUGGUCAGUAGAUGAAACUUAAUACAUUUCUUAUAACCAGGAAUCCAAUUCAUACUCGAACUUUUUGUAAUGUGAUCAGUUUUCUGAAUACCUAAUAGAAUGAUAGCAUACCAGGUUAAGUUCUUCAGAUAUUACCUAUAUGUACUGUCAUAACAACUACAGUAAAAUUAUUGUGUAAAUGAAUACUCAAUACUCAGCAUUGUUUCAGUAGUACUUGAUGAUAUGUAAGAAAUCAGUGCAAAUAUUGAAUAGACUGAUAUGUUAUGUUCAUGUGAAGCAAUUUUGGAAUUUGUAGAUUCUUUUGAUGAAAUCCAUAUAAAUUGAAUAUCAUGUGUUUUUUUGAAGUUGACAUUGAAGCAAGACGUGGAUGUCGUAUAAUUUAUUAUUUUCCUAAAUUGAAUUAAUUUCUAUAAAUAAUAAUAUGGCAUUUUAUAAUAGAUCCGUAUCAUGUAUAAUGUAACCAUAAUGCAAUAGUUUAGAGUAAAGAUGUUGGCGGGUUGCUGAAUAUAAUAUAGCUAAUAAAUUUCAAUUGAAAAAUCAUAUGGGUGUUAAAAUCUUACUUGGUAACAUUGUGCCUAGCGCUGAGACAAAAUUGCAAGUGCAUGUUGUUGAAUGAUUCCAAUAAAACAAUUGAUUGACUGGAUAAAAACCAGCAUUUAAUAUAUUUACUAUUUAAAUUGUUAGAAAGCUUAGUAAUGAAAUAUUUAAAGUAGCAUUUUUUGAUCAAAUUAUUUUAUUUCAAUGCUUUAUGUGACUCAAUAUUAUGUGGUACAUGAUGAAUUAUUGCUCGUUAUCAAAAAAGCUUAGAAAAGCAAAGGUCAGGAGUUACCUUGGCUGUUUCGCCAUUGUUAUUAAAGUCGGAAAACAUUUGUAAACUCAGUUUUAAAUAUACUAUAUAAUACAGUGAUAAAAA